GGGGGACUUACAUCGCCUAUAAAAGUGAACUAGUGUAAGUGAAUCCAUAUCAGUUUUAAAAGUCAUCUGAAACAUGAUUUCGAAGAGUGUUGUGCUUGCUUUAAUGGUCCAUGUGGCCUUAGCCCGUACUACGGCGGGUUCCGCGCAGAACUCGGUCCAUGAAUCCGCUAGAACAGACAGUUCCUCGUAUCUUGGUGAUUUUCGUUAUGUGUACAAAGUGUAUCAAGAAUGUGCUUCUUCUGACUUGAUUCCAUGCCUGAAACUGAAGUUAUUAACUGCCAUGGACAGAGCUGCCCGUACGUAUACAGAAUUGCCACUUUUUGAAGGUGUCUCGUUCGUGAAAGAUCCCAAGGCUGUCACCCCCGGAGAUGCUGUCAAGACUGAAGCUGAGCUGGAAGCCACCCUACCUAGAGCUUUGGAAGAUAAAGAAACCGCGCUUGAUAGUCUCAUUGCUAACAAAGUAUCCAGUUUCUUGGGAUCACACACACUUCAGAUCAAACUACCAAACUACUCGGAAUCGCAAAGAUCUCUCGAAGAAGGCCGUGGCAAGAAAAAGAAGGGAUCUUCUGGUUUGAUGUUCCUUCCUCUCAUUCUUGGUGGAACUCUCAUCCCCUUGGCACUCGGAGCAUUAGCCCUUUUGGCAGGAAAGGCACUGAUUGUUUCCAAACUGGCCUUAGUCUUAGCUGGUAUCAUUGGAAUCAAAAAACUUCUUUCUGGAAGUAGUGGUGGACAUGAUUCCGGUCAUGUUGAAGUUUAUAGUAGCCCUCACACAGGAGGAUGGGGAAGAUCGUAUAUCAAAGAAGAAGCAGCAGCAGCACAGAAUUUGGCAUAUCAAGCAUAUGCACCAAAAACGAGUUAAAAAUAUUUUAUUUAUAAUUAUUUAUUUUAAUUUAUUUUUGUACUGACUUGACUGUAAAAAAUAUUUAAUAA